CUUUGAUACAAAAAAUAAAUAAAAAUACUCUGUAUGGUCAAACAUGAGUUGCAAAGUACAGCAUCCCACUGUGAUGUAAUCAUUUCUCUGGAAAUGUUUGGGUGUGUGUGCGUUUGCAUUUCUGAACUGGUUUCCCAAAAUAGUAGCACGAGUUUUAAACACUUACAUUGUCAAACAAACAUUCUUCCUGAGAAGUUUCAUUACAACUGUGAAACUUCUAAGGAAGAAUGUCUUCAGAAUGAAGACCCCGUGCUUCAGGUUUGGUUGGCUUCUUGUCUUUCAGGUUUUGUAUUCCUCAAGUGCAACAUGCUCGGAGCUGCUGAGCCGUCACAGAAGGGCUUGGAUCAUUGAGUCUUUCACUAUUGAGGAGGGGCAUUCAGGGCCCUUCCCAUAUGAGCUGGGCAAUAUAAAUAUUGAGCGGACAUAUCGAGUAUACUUUGAUCUCUAUGGAGAAGGAGUGGAUAAGGAGCCAAAAGGAGUUCUCUCUAUUCAUAAGGAAUCUGGCAUCGUGUCUGUACACAGGGCUGUGGACUACGAGGAGAAUAAAAUGCUUAAGCUGAAAUUUGAGGCCAGAAAGACUGAUUUGUCGAUUGACGCCACAUUAGGAGUUCAAAUCUCCAUAUUGGACAUCAACGACAACCCACCACGCUUUCCGACGGAUCUGUUUAAAAUCAGCGUUGAUGAGGAAACCCCACAAGGCUCACCUCUCCUGACUGUGGUAGCAUAUGACAGAGACCAGAGAGGGACGCCAAAUUCAACAUUCCACUAUGAAAUCAAGUCUGUGGCUCCAAACUCUUCAGACACCAAGUUCACCAUUGAAGAGUCUGGAGUAAUCUCAUUUAAAGGGUGUUUGGACCAUGAGGUGGCUGAAAUGUUCACAGUGGUGGUGGAAGCCAAGGACUACGGUGACGUAGUCCGUCUUUCCAGUUCAACCACUGUCGUCAUCCAUGUAGAGGACGGCAACAACCACCUCCCAACCAUCAGCGGACAAACAGGCUCUGGCAAAGUAAAAGAAGAUGAGGGCGGGACCUCUCCUCUGCGGCUGCAUGUUUCGGACAAAGACACCCCAAACAGCCCGGCAUGGAGAGCCAAGUACACCAUUCAGGGUGACGAGGGAGAGCACUUUCAAAUAAAAACAGACCCAGACACCAAUGAUGGAAUCCUGACAGUCAUAAAACCUUUAGACUUCGAGGAGGGAGCACAAGUGGAGCUGACCAUUUCAGUGGAAAAUGAGGCGCCAUAUUUCUCCUGUAAAGUGAGGGAGAAGACGCCCUCAGGCCUCUGGAAAGUUGACUCCAGUGAACGUGAUGAUGAUCCUCAGCCUCACUCUGUAAAAGUCGUCAUCGAAGUUGAGGAUACCAACGACCCCCCGCUUUUCAGUGUGACGGUCAAAGAGGCCAUGCUGGAGGAGAACGCACCCAUUGGAACCUGGGUGGAGAAGGUGACAGCUGUGGAUCCCGACUCCAGUCACGCAAGAGAUUUUGUGUACAAGGUAGGAAAUGACCCUGCUGGCUGGGUGACGGUGGAUCCACACACAGGAGACAUCACAACAGCCAAGACGCCAGACAGAGAAUCCCCUCAUGUCGUUAACGGUGUCUACACCAUCUUAGUGCAUGCAGUGGACGCUGGCAAGCCACCAAUGACAGGCACAGCAACAUUGAACAUCCAUAUGACUGACCAGAACGACAACGUGCCUCACCUAACGGUGGACUAUGUUGACAUGUGUGUGUCUGACGGCCCCACCACCGCAAACAUCACAGCCUUUGACCUGGAUGACAAUCCAUUCGGAGGGCCUUUCACAUUUGAACUGCUGGGGGAUGUCAACGGAAAAUGGAAACUGGAUCCCUCAUAUGGAUACAUAGCUGGACUGGUGAAGAAGCCCAACGUGAUGGCUGGCCCACAUACAAUUUAUCUGAAGAUCUCGGACAUGCAGGGAAAGUUUGGCGCUUAUAACCUCAGUGUGACCGUGUGCGAUUGCUCUGUGAGAUCCGACUGCCGAAGCCACGGUGCCACUGCCACAAAAGCUGCCUCCGGUGCUAUCGGCGUAGUGUUUGCCUCACUGUUUUUACUCCUGGUUCUGCUACUGAUGGCGGUCGUCAUCACCUGCAAAAAGGAGUUCACCACUUUAGAGACCAGUGAUUCCUCUGUAGAAACACUCCUUGUAUCGAACAUUGAGACACCUGGAACUGACUGCCAGAUAUCUAACAGUGUCCUGGCACUGUCCACUGAUAAGAAGCGCUACUUAUCAUCUCAAUGGAAAAGUCAGCAUGACAGAAAGCAACACAGCACAUGUUCAACAAAGGAAAGGGAACAAACCUCCAUCUGCAAACACUUCACACAUUACAACAUGGAGAAUGUUUCCUCCCUAUUCAAUGACGACUGGAUCCAGGAAAAUUGGAAAACUCUAAUAGCCAAUGGCAACCAUCGCAACCACCAGAUUGAUGACAAGUGGACAAUGAAUUUCCUCUACAAAAGGAACUCAAGCUCUGCAAUGGACGCAGCUCUCCGAGCCCUGCUUCAUAAGAAGCUCUUUCACCUGGAGACAGAGGAAGAUCUGCCGGAGUAUCUGCCUCACCUCUACGCAGAUGAGGGGGACUCGGACAACCUCUCGGAGCUGGACAGCAUCGACAUUCCCGACAUGGAUUCAUUCGAUAACGCGCUGAAAGACUUGGGCCCCAAGUUCAAGAAACUGGCUUCCAUUUGCAAGCCGCCACACACACAAAACAUCACAUAACCAACACAUUUGUUCUUGAGCGGUGAAACAAACAGGAUAUUUUUUAAACCAUACAAGGGCUGCAGUGAAAAAGUCCAAAAAUGACCUCUUAAUGUCUGUUAUUAACCACUUUUCCUUCACCUCUAUGGAAAAAAACUUUGGGGUCAAGGAAAGAUGUGGAGAAUUCAUGAAGUUAGGAAAAUACAACUGUGGUGCUUAGAGAGUCCGACUACACUUUCACUAAGCAAUUGUGAUACGACCACAGACGUUACUGACGUGGGGCUGGCAUGGUGAAAUCAUGGUGAAGAUGAACUACAAAAAGCGCAUCAGAUACUUCACCAUACACUAUAUAUACACAUAAAAUAUACCGAAAACGGACAAUUCGUUCAUGUGCAGUAUGAACUGUUAAAUAUCACUUUUUCCAACGUGCAUAAUGUGAAUUCAACCAUUCAGUUUUGAGCUUUUUACCGUUUUGAUUGUAGACCUACCUAGGAUUAUCUUCAUAUAUAAAC